AUGGCCAUCAAGCAGGUCCCCUGCAGGAGGUCCUCCGAGCUGACGUUGGAGGAGUUCAAGGACUGGCUCAAGCGGUUCGACACCGACAAGGACGGUCGCAUCAGCAAGCAGGAGCUUCGCCGAGCCAUCCGCAGCCUCGGCGGCCGCUACAGCGGCUGGAAGAGCGGCCGCGGAGUCCGCGGCGCCGACGCCAAUGGCAACGGCUUCAUCGACGACGCCGAAAUAGAGAACCUCAUCUCCUUCGCCCAGAGGACCCUCGGCCUGAGGAUCGUCGAGUUCUGA